AUGCCCCAUGAAACCUCUAGACAUUCGCACAGCAAAGGUCACGACGAAUCUACUAAAGAGCGCCGCCACCGGCACCGGCAUCGAAGCAGUUCUGAAGCCGCUUCAGAAAAACAGCAGUCUGACAAUGCCUCAGGGACGCUGGUCCACCAAGCGGCUACCGAUUCUAAAAGCGAAUCUGGUCCUGCAUGUGAAAACUGCUCACUGAGCGCAUCACCAUCAGGAAUGUAUUGUUUAGCAUGUGACCUUCUCUUGUGCCAAACAUGCGAUCGUAUGGUGCACGCACCCUUAGCACUAUCCAAGCAUGAUAGGCGUUCCUUCGAAGAGGCUGCUCUCCGUCGGAAGGCCUGCAGGUUCCACGCAGACCAACAGAUUUCCCAUUUUUGUCUACACUGUAACACAUUUCUCUGCAAAGUUUGUCUAGAUGAAGGAUUGCACCAAAUAUCUCCUCAUUUUGUUGAUACGUUAGAUGACGCUAUUCAGAAAACGACUAGGGGACUUCUGAGUCUUGUUAACGGUCCCCUUAGGCAGCGCUAUGAAACUCUACAGCAUGAAGUUGUACGCAUAGAAGGACUCAUGCACAAAGUCCGCACUGCUGCUGGGGAGAUAGAAGCCCAGGUCCGUGAGCAUUACGAGGGUGUGCUAGCUAGACUUGCUCGUUCAGAGAAGGAAAAGUUAGCCCUCUGUCAGAGUGAUUUAACGACCGUCAAAAGUAUGAUGAAGCAGAUAGAUGACGUCGAGCACUAUGUCGCAGUCGACCAUCAUAGAAAAAACCCUAUAGUCCUUCUUUCCCAAGCAGGAACGAUCAGUGAGAGUGUCCGAUCUAUACUUGCACGCAAAUUAUGUGAUGCAAUCUCUGUUACUGAGGAGAGCAUUAGGCCUACCGACCUUCCUCGCGAGUCUACUGUAGGUAUCUCUAGAGAGAUCCGAGAAGCCAGUGGAGAUCCGUGUAUAUCCAAAUUGAAUAUCCCAGAUGGGAUUACAUCGAAGUGCACCGCGUGUCAGAACAAUCUAAGUACACUGUUAUCAGAAGCAGAGCAAGAAAUCCAUCACUGGAAAGCUCUCGUGGAACAAUAUGCCUUCGAAUUGGCCGCGUGGGACAUGACCUGCUCUCGUUGCGGUCAGCAUUGCCUUCCAGAGACAAUUAACUCUCCUUGCACACUUCCUAAUAAGCCUCCACGUAGGGAAGACAGAGGAUUAGGAGAGGAGCUUUGUAGUAACGGGUCUCUGUUCCAAGAGGAUUCAGAUAGCCAUUCGCGUAGACACUUCUUUGUCCGCUCAGAGGAUCAUUAA